CGCAGCACAUCACCUAACUCCGGACGCAUCUGGACCGGAGCCGCAGCACAUCAACUAACCCGCUCUCCAUUUACCACUUUAUUUUGCGGCGCUGACAGUUUUUUGAGGAUUUAUUAUUCAUUUAUUCAUUUUUCAACCUGUCGUUCAGGUGGAAUCUGGAUAGUCUGGUCUGGUGUGAAUACCUCCCCUCCCCUCUCCCUUUCUACAGGGUUUAAAGGAACUAAGCCAUGCACCCUCCCCCGUCGCUCCUCUCCCUCCUCCUCCUCCUCCUCUCCCUGUACCCCAGUGCGUGCUGGUCCUCAAGGAUCAUCAUAGUCCCUCCCAUCAUGUUUGAGUCUCAUCUCUACAUCUUCAAGACCCUGGCCACGGAGCUCCACCUCCAGGGACAUGAUACUUCCUUGCUGGUGUCAGAGGGGCGCCAGGUGCCUCCCUCCCCCCACUACACCUUACAGCGUUACCCAGGCAUCUUCAACUCCUCCACAGCCGACAGCUUCCUCCAAUCAAAGGUCAGCAACAUCUUCUCUGGGCGUCUCACGGCGUUGGAACUCUUCGACAUUCUAGACCACUACGCACAGAACUGCGACGCCGUUGUGGGGAACACAGACGUCAUGACCCAACUCAAAGACGCCAACUUUGACCUUUUAUUGGUCGACCCCAACGAGAUGUGUGGGUUCGUGAUUGCUCACAUCCUCGGGGUUCCCUACGCUGUCUUCUCCACGGGACUGUGGUACCCUGCGGAGGUCGGGGCUCCCGCCCCUCUCUCCUACGUCCCAGAGUUCAACUCUCUCCUCACCGACCAGAUGUCUCUAGUCCAGAGGAUCACCAACACGGCUGUGUACCUGGUGUCCCGGUUUGGUGUCCAGUACCUGGUGUUACCUAAGUACGAGCGCAUCAUGAGGAAGCACGGCGUGGAGCCGCGGGUGGCCAUGCAGGACCUGGUCCAGGGGAGCAGGCUGUGGAUGUUGUCCACCGAUCUAGCCUUGGAGUUCCCUAGGCCCACUCUACCACAUGUUGUCUACGUAGGAGGAAUACUGACCGAACCUGCCAACCCAUUACCUCAGGAGUUUGAGUCGUGGGUGAGUGACACGGCGGAGCAUGGGUUCGUAGUGGUAUCGUUUGGCGCCGGGGUCAAAUACCUCUCAGAGGACAUCGCUCACAAACUGGCUGGAGCCCUGGGCAGGCUGCCCCAACGCGUGGUCUGGAGUGAUUACCGUACUCUGACCCUGUGCCUGUG